AUGGAAAAAUCUGAUCAUGAAGAUAUUGAUAAUGCUUUAUUAAAAUGGUUUAAAACACAACGAAGUUUCAAUAUACCGAUUAAUGGACCGAUUCUACAAGAGAAAGCAAACGAUUUAGCAAAACUAUUGGGUAAAGAUUUUUCAUGUUCUUCAUCGUGGAUUCAGCGGUUUCAGGUAAGACACAAUAUUACUUUUUCUAAAGUUAAUGGAGAAUCUGCCAGUGUAAACAUUGAAGAAACAACCAAAUGGAUGGAGAUGGUUUGGCCAAAAUUGCGCGAGGGAUAUGAUGAUGCUGAAAUUUAUAAUUGCGAGACUUGUUCUGGAGGAAAAAUGUCUAAAGAGAGGUUAACUGUACUUGUGUGUGCUAAUAUGACCGGAACAUCAAAAAAGAAACUUUUUGUGAUAGGAAAAUCGAAAACACCACGUUGUUUUAAAAAUGUUAAAUCUUUGCCAGUGAUUUAUGAAGCAAAUAAACGUGCAUGGAUAACAUCUGAAUUGUGUGAUAGAUUUUUACGAAAAUGGGACAGUGAACUAAAAAGAAAGAGAGAAAAGAUUUUACUAUUAAUAGAUAACUGUCCAUCGUAUACCAAGUUAAAUGAUUUGCAUUUACAAAGUACUUCUACUACUUUAAACAUUCAAGAAAACAAUUUUGACUACCCAAACUUCGAAAAUUUUGUAGAUAUAGAUACUGAGGUAGCUACAACAGGAAUAUUAAGUGACGAGGACAUAGUGAGUACAAUAUCCAAACCAAAUGAAGAAGAAGAAGAAGAAGAGGAGGAUAAACUAAUGAAGAUAAAGAUUAUUUAA